GCUUAUGGUCAUGAUAUCGAGGAACUCGUCUUACUCGUAGAAUAUCAAACCGCUGACCGUUUACACGUUCAUAUAUAUGAUGCAGCUGAGCAACAAUACCAAAUCCCUACCGAUCUAUUUCCUCGUCCCCCUACCUUUCCGAUAGAUUCCCACCUUGCCGACGACCACGUCCCAUCCAAACUCAAAUUCCACCAUACACCCAUCGGAGAACUCUUCGCCUUCUGGAUCACCCGUGGUGAUGACCCCGAACCUAUAUUCGACACCCGUCCUGCUAACCUACCUCUUCACCUCAGUCCAAUGGGGAAAGACGGCCGAGUCAUAAGAGACAGUACCAUCUCCUCACAUUCCUUAAUCUAUGAAGAUCAAUACCUUCAAAUGUCCACUUCAUUACCUACCAACGCCAACAUAUACGGUCUCGGUGAAGUUGUUUCUUCUUCUGGUUUUCGACGAGACCCCAACGGAACAAUAGCGACAAUGUGGAACCGAGAUUCAGGCGGUACACCAAUUGACGAAAAUCUUUACGGAAGUCAUCCAUUUUAUCUCGAAGUUCGACCAACUGGUUCACAUGGAGUGUUCAUGCUUAAUUCUCAUGGGAUGGACGUUAUCUUACGUCCGGAAGUGUUGCAAUAUCGGAUGAUCGGAGGAACUUUUGAUUUAUAUUUCUUAGCUGGACCUACACCCAUACAAGUGGUCGAACAGUAUUCUCAUGUGGUUGGAAAACCAUCUAAGAUACCUUUUUGGGCUUUGGCUUUUCAUUUAUCUCGUUGGGGGUGGAAGUCAGUAAAGGAAAUAGAGGGCGUUAUGGAGAAGAUGGAAGAGAAGGGAGUGCCGUUGGAUGUGGUUUGGAGUGAUUUGGAUUAUAUGGAUAGAUAUAGGAAUUUCACUGUGAAACAAGAGUAUCAUAGCAGAGACCUGCUGAAAUUCACGAGAGCGCUGCAUGAAUCAAAACGAUAUUACGUUCCAAUUGUUGAUGCAGGUUUUGGGAUCUCUGGCGAAGGAGACGGAUAUGAUACGUAUGAUCAUGGUCAUCGGAAAGGUGUGUUCAUCAAGAACGCUGAGGGAGAGGAGUUCAUCGGCGAAGUCUGGCCUGGGAAAACUGUCUUUCCCGACUGGACCAAUCCCUCCACAACACAAUGGUGGCAAAGCUCUUUCGACAAUUUCCGUCAAGUAUGCGAAUACGACGGUAUCUGGCUUGACAUGAACGAACCCGCUUCGUUCACCGACGCUCCUAUCAAGGCUGAUCCAAGAGAGAAACUCAAGUCUCGUGGGAGAUCGUCUUCUCGUUCGGUCUCACCCGACAAGUCAGUAGUGUCAUCCUCGAUUCCUCGGCCUUCUUCCCCAUGUAAAAUAAGAACCAUCUCGCCAACCAAAGAAAGAUCUCCAUCUCCAACUAAAGGUGCACAAUCUUCAAAUCCCGCCUCACCCUCAGCAGAGAAACAUAAGAAGUCAAUGACUCAGAGAUUGGAACAUAGUUUACUGGAUUUACCACCUUAUGCCAUCCACCAAGCUUUAAAAGAUUUAGGCUCAAUGACUGUUGGACCUACCUGUCUUAACGCAGAUGGAUCAAGACAUUACAACACUCACAAUUUAUACGGCUAUCAUGAGAGCGUUUUGACCUCUAAAGUACUGGAGAAGCAGAUACCGGGGAAAAGACAGUUCAUCCUUUCUCGCAGCACCUUUGCAGGAUCGGGUAGAGUUGCUGCGCACUGGUUAGGAGACAAUGAUAGUACUUGGAGAAGUAUGAGAGAGUCGGUACAGGGUGUACUUCAAUUUCAACUCUUUCAAAUCCCAAUGGUAGGACCUGACAUCUGUGGGUUUCAUGGUGAUGCCACUGAAGAGCUUUGUGAUCGAUGGAUGCAAUUAGGAGCGUUUUACCCUUUCUUUAGGAAUCACAAUCAUAUUGAUGCACAAGGACAAGAACCUUAUCGCUGGCCUUCCGUCGCUGCAGCUUCUCGGAAAGCCAUCUUGGCGCGAUACAGUCUCUUACCUUAUUGGGAAUCACUCUUCUCUAACGCGAGUGACCAUGGCAGCCCAAUCAUCCGACCAUUAUUCUUCCAUUUCCCUAAUCCGAAACUCCUCGACGUGGACGCGCAGUUCAUGCUGGGUCCUUCGAUCCUCGUCACGCCGGUGUUCGAAAGAGGCGCCACCACCGUUCGUGGGUAUUUUCCAAAAGAAGGGGCACCUUGGAGAUGUUUGUGGACUCAGCAAGAAGUCAAAACGGACGAACAUGAUAUGACCACCCUAUCGGCUCCUUUAGGUCAUAUAAACGUUCAUAUCAGAGCAGGAACCAUCCUCAUGGUAUAUGAUAAACCCCGACAAACCAUCAGGACCACUCGAGAGAAAAGUGAUUUUGGGUUAAUUAUCAAUCUUGAUAAACAAGGUCAAGCGAGUGGAGAGGUGAUUUUGGAUGAUGGUGUCUCUUUGAACUCACAACGGACAACUAUGCGAUUCAAAUUCAUCAAUGGUGAAUUGAGUAUCAACAGUGAAGGUGAAUAUACAGUGCCCAACAGAAUCAGACGUGUCACUCUCUUAGGUAGUCAUGAUAAACCUAGAGAUGUGUUGGUUUUGGGAGAUGGACAAGAAGUAGGGAGGUUGGACCGAUCAUGA